AUGAGAAUACCAUUUCGGAUAGCCGCAGGAGCUUCACUCCUCGCCACGACCCUGGCGCAAACAUGGAGCAAAUGCAAUCCGCUGCUACAAACAACGUGCCCGCCCAACACAGCCCUCGGCAUGUCCAUUGACAUUGACUUCACCAAAGGCGCCGUCAACUCGUUUGAAGCGCAGGGCGUGCCGAGUUACGGAGCCGACGGCGCCAUCUUCAAGGUGGCCGCCAGCGGCGAUGCGCCGCAGCUCAACGCGCUCUUCUACAUCAUGUUUGGCCACGUCGAAAUCACCAUGAAGGCGGCGCCCGGUGCCGGCAUCGUGUCGUCGGUCGUGCUCGAGUCGGACGACCUCGACGAGAUCGACCUCGAGUGGCUCGGCACCAACCCGGACGAGCUGCAGUCCAACUACUUUGGCAAGGGCCGCACCACCACCUACAACCGCGGCCAGUUCCACGCCGUCCAGGGCACGCAGGCGCGCUGGGUCACGUACGGCAUCGACUGGACCAAGGACCGCAUCGUCUGGACCGUCGACGGCACCGCCGUCCGCGAGCUCCGCCAGCAGGACGCCGAGCCCGACCAGUACCCGCAGACCCCGAUGCAGCUCAAGGUCGGCGCCUGGGCCGGCGGCGACGCCUCCCGCAACCCCCCCGGCACCGUCGAGUGGGCGCGCGGCCCGACCGACUUCUCCAAGGGGCCCUUUGCCAUGGCCGUCAAGUCGCUCCGCGUCACCGACUACUCCACCGGCAAGCAGUACCGCUACAAGGACACCUCGGGCUCCUGGCAGUCCAUCGAGGCCGUCGGCGGCCAGGUCAACGGCAACGCCGGCGGCCAGAAGAGCGUCCCUACCGUGACCGCCACCGGCGCUGCCGCUCCGCCCGCCACCACCUCGGCCCCCGGCGUACCCGUCGGCGGCCUGGCCAAGGACGGCAGCCCCGCCACCAAGACACAGACCGGAUGGCCCUGGGUCGGCACCAACCCGCCCACCGGCGGCAGCAUCCCCAGCGGCUGGUACAUGACGUCGUCGGGCAAGAUUAUGCGCUCGGCCGCCACCGCGGGCCUCAUUGUGCCCUCGCUGCUGCUCUCGGCUUCCGUGGCCGUCGGCGCCGCCGUCUUCAUGGCGAGAGCCCUCUGA